UUUAGCUGAAACAAGCAAGACAUCUUAAGUAAUUUUUAUGAAAAGAUCUAUUAAUUAAUAAUGACAAAUUAAACGGCUAAUUAACGUAAAAAGGUAUAUAUUAGCUUUGUAAUCAAUCAAUUUGUAUUGAGUUGUAAAUUGAACAGUUUAGUGAAAAUGUUUCGUUAUCUAACAAUCGUGAUUUGUAUCACCACACAACAAGUGUUAUCAAAAGAAAUCGGAUACUUUCGUGCAACAUACAAAGAGGAUGAACAACCUGCGAUAGAUCAGAAAACCGGUGCAAGUGGUAUGUUUCCACAAGUGGGAAGUUUUGGUAAUAUUGGAAGUUUUGGUAAUUUUGGCAAUGGUUUUAUGAGUAGUGGAUUUGGUGGCGGAUUUGGUUUUGGUGGAUCUUUUGGUAAAGAAGGUGGUUAUGUAAAUAAAAACGAUUACGAUGCCGAGAAAAAGAAUGCAAAUGAACAAGAUUUUCAAAAAGCAUACGGUGCAAAAGGUGAAACUGGUGGAUUUGGAACGCAAGGAUUUAAAGAAGGUGUGACAGCCGUUAAAGAUAAACAUGCUGAUACCGGUUUUUAUAGUGGUGAAUCUGGUUUUGGAAAACAAGCUGGAGAUAAUAAAGAGUAUUUUGGAGUAAAAAGUAUUGAUGAAGGCGGCAAGAAAGGUGAGGAGAAUAAUGCAAAAAGAGGCCACAAGAAAGGACAUACGACAAAAGGUUUCAAAACAUCUGCCCAUAAGGAUGAAGAAGAAAAAUCUGAAACAUUCUAUGACGAGGCACAUGAUGAAGCUGAAGAUGCUCAUUAUAAAGGAGAAGUUGGAUCGUAUGGACAGAAGGAAGCAUCGAACUUUAAAGGUGGUAAAGAGGAACAAGUGUUUAAUAAACAAGAUAAAGGACAAACGGGACAAUAUGAGAAAGCAAAUAUUUUAGAUACGAAUAGUGGUGAAAAAGGACAAUUUGCACAACAAGCACAUUUAAAUAAUGGACAAGCGUAUGGUGUGAAUGCUGGUCUUGAUGCACAAUCAAUUUUGGGACAUCAAGAAGCUGGUGGUGCUGAAAAAUUUUAUUCACAUAAAACUGUACCUUUUUAUGGUGUUUAGUAGUAAAUUGCUGUAGUAUUUUUUUCGUGAAUUAUCAU